ACUUUCAAUCUUCAGGUCUGGUCUCUCACUCACAAGGUUCUAAACCCCUCCCAUUGCGCUACUACCUUUGUUAUUCUCCUCCGAGAUCUGAACCAACGAUGGCGACCUCCUUCUUCCGACGACUCGCUAGGUCAGCUCCGAUCGCAUUCCCCGCCGCACUCCGAUCGCAAAUCAAAUCUGGUCAUGGUACUUUCCGAUUCUCCGCCGGCGCGAUCGCGGCACUUUCCGGCGGAUUCUCCUGUUACUACCUCACCUCCGGCAACAAUCUGGCGUAUCUGGAUCAAGCUAAGGAAGAGACUGGACCCAAAACAGGUGCUCUCUUUUUUACUCUUUUUUAUUUUCCUUUUUUGCGUCGGGCUCCUCCAUACACUUCUUCUUUUUUUUCUUAUGUUGUUAUUUUCCGACUGGUUUCAGCUCUGAACCCUGACAAAUGGCUCGAGUUCAAGCUCCAAGACACUGCUACUGUUAGCCACAACACCAAGUUGUUCAGGUUCUCAUUUGACCCCUCAGCUAAUUUGGGUCUGCAUGUUGCUUCUUGUCUCCUCACAAGGGCUCCUUUAGGCUAUAAUGCUGAAGGGAAAACGAAAUAUGUCGUUAGACCUUACACUCCUAUAUCAGACCCAGAGGCUAAGGGCUAUUUCGAUCUACUGAUUAAGGUAUACCCAGAUGGAAAAAUGAGUCAGCAUUUUGCCAGCUUAAAACCGGGGGAUGUGUUGGAAGUGAAAGGACCCAUUGAGAAGUUCAAAUAUUCGCCUAAUAUGAAGAAACAUAUUGGCAUGAUUGCUGGUGGAAGUGGGAUUACUCCAAUGCUUCAGGUGAUCGAUACCAUUGUGAAGAAUCCUGAGGACAACACGAAGAUAACACUACUCUAUGCCAAUGUUUCUCCGGAUGAUAUACUUCUAAAGCAAAAGCUCGAUGCACUUCAGGCAAACCACCCAAACCUGAAGGUAUUCUAUACUGUUGACAAUCCUACUAAAAAUUGGAAAGGAGGAGUAGGUUACGUUUCAAAGGAUAUGGCUCUGAAAGGCUUACCUCUUCCUGCUGACGAUACACUUAUCCUCGUGUGUGGUCCUCCUGGGAUGAUGGAGCAUGUAUCCGGAGGCAAAGCUCCAGACUGGUCACAAGGAGAGGUUAAGGGAAUACUCAAGGAACUCGGAUUCACAGAGCAAAUGGUUUUCAAAUUCUGAGAGGAUUAUGAAUCAAAAUUCCGUAGUUUCUGCUUAAGACAGGUUUCAUUUCAUGUAAUAAAGCGUCCCCAAGCAAACAUUAAUUGAUGCAGUAUGAGCUUUACACAGUACCUAUCAAGCUUUGCAAAAUAAACAAAGCAAAACAGAUCAGUUAGUCUUUUGUCUCUGGAGGAAGUAGCUAGAGGGACCUUUGCUAUACUUUGAUUUUGAUGAUAAAUUUCUAUGUGAUUUAAACUGCAAGAAAUUGGAUACGGUUUGAAAGAUAAAAGUUUGUUCA